GGCCUAAAAUCUACACCCCAAAUUAUAAUUGAUAAUGAUCGACAUUGCAUAUUAGUAACCAAUGAACUAAAUUGCGAACAAUUUUACUUAAUGCCUCAAUCAGCGUCUAAUAAACCAUUUGAGUGUACUAUUUGUAAAAAAAAACGUUACAAAUCCUCAGCAGGACUCUCAAGACAUGAAAAUUCUAAACAUAAUGAUUAUAACACACCUCCUAUUCAACAUUAUGUUUUGCCAGAAAAUGCUAUAAACGAAUGGAAGAAAAUGCUAGU